AUGGUUGCAAAGGAGGAAGUAACAACUGCUGUUAAAUUGGAAACCACAUCAGGAAAGACAGCGGAAGGGCUUGAACCACAACACUUGAAACAUGCCAAGACAAGUGCAAACAUUUCAGAAGCCAAAGCUGAACAUGUUGGUACCACUAAGGUAAAUAGAAAGCGCGUAGACGCUUCCUAUGUUGGAUGGCAGCAGAUUGGUGGCUGGGAGGAGAAAGAUGUGCUGACCGCGGAAGAUGAGUUACUCGACUUAAAUAGGGAAACUAUUCUUAACAGUAUUGUCCCAGAUAGUUUAUAUGGGGAUUGGUACCAUUCUGUGGCUAUUUUCUUUGUAGCAGGUUUUUUGUCAUUCCUAUUUGGAUAUUGGAAGUUCUCACUAGCUCCAGUUUUCCUCGUGGUUUUAGUAACUUGUAUCUUUUACAGAACAAAUGCUAAAAAAUACAGGGCAUCUAUAAGAGAUUUAGUACAGAAGGAAUUCACCGUACAAAAGGUUGAAGAUGAUUACGAGUCUCUAGAAUGGUUGAAUAGCUUGCUCGAUAAAUAUUGGCCUAUUAUUGAGCCAUCAGUUUCAAAAAUCGUUGUAGAACAAGUUAACGAAGUUUUAGCAACAAACGAAAAUAUUCCAACAUUCGUUAGUGCUGUUUGGCUGGACCAAUUCACCUUAGGUAUCAAACCUCCAAGAAUUGACUUGGCUAAGACUUUCCAACACACUGAUUCAGACGUAGUCGUAAUGGAUUGGGGAAUCUCGUUUACUCCACAUGAUUUGUCUGACACAACGGCAAAACAGUUGAGAAAUUAUGUCAAUCAAAAAGUCGUGGUGAAAGCAACAAUGUUCGGCAUCACCAUCCCUGUAUCCGUGAGUGACGUAGCCUUCAGAGCACAAACUAGAGUACGCUUUAAACUGAUGACUCCAUUUCCUCAUGUAGAAACCGUUAAUGUCCAAUUACUUGAGGUUCCUAAAAUUGAUUUCAAAGCCUGUUUAUUAGGAGAUUCCGUUUUCAACUGGGAAAUCUUAUCCAUUCCCGGUCUUUACGCUUUGAUUGAUAGAAUGGCAGCAAAAUAUAUGGGCCCUGUUCUAUUACCUCCAUUUUCUUUACAACUUAAUAUUCCUCAAUUACUUUCAAAUAGUAACUUAUCCAUUGGUGUUCUGGAAGUUACAAUCAAGAAUGCCAAGAAUAUCAAACGUUCGACGGAUAUUCUCAAUACUUCUGUAGAUCCAUACUUAACUUUCGAAUUUUUAGGUAAAACUGUCGGUAAAACUAGAAUUGUCAGAGAUACAUUAAAUCCCAUCUGGAAUGAAACGAUGUACCUUUUAUUAAGCACAUUUACCGACCCAUUAACAAUAACUCUAUAUGAUAAGCGUGAAGCCUUGAAAGAUAAACAAAUAGGUAGAGUUGAAUACAAUUUAAACUCCUUACACGAUGAAACAACCCAAAGAGACUUAAAAUGCCAUUUCUUGAGAAAUUCAAAGCCUAUUGGUGAUUUAAAUUUUGAUCUAAGAUUCUUCCCAACUUUACAGGCUAAGAAAUUACCAAAUGGCAUUGUUGAAGAAUUACCAGACUUGAAUACAGGGAUUGCAAAAGUCAUUAUCGAAGAAAUUGAUGGUGUCAAUGAAACUGGCAAGAAACAAUCUUACUAUGUCGAUUUGUACAUGAAUGCUAAACGUGUUCUAACCACAGGUAAAGUGGCUACCGAUGAAGAUAUCUUCAAGUUUAACGAACAAUAUGAAGCUGUCAUUUCUGAUCGUCGUCUAACUAGAUAUAGAUUUAUUAUCAAAGAUUCCAAGACAGACGAAAUUGUUGGUUCUACAGUUCAGUCAUUGAGUGACUUAAUCGAUAGAACAGAGGUUGAUAAUAAACUUAUACCAGUAAAGGGGGACAGCAAGGCACAAUUGAAAAUUACCACAUAUUGGAAGCCUGUAGCUCUAGACAUUGGUUCCAAUGCAAUUGCUUACACUCCUCCAAUUGGUGUCAUGAGAGUAUAUCUAUCAAAGGCUACUGGUUUGAAGAAUUUGGAGAAAAUUGGUAAAAUCGAUCCUUAUGCUAAAGUUCUCGUUAAUGGUAUAUCCAGAGGUAGAACUGUUGAGCAGCCUCAAACAUUGAAUCCAGUCUGGAACCAACCAAUAUAUGUUGCAGUAACAUCUCCCAAUCAAAGGUUAACUUUAGAAGUUAUGGAUGUUGAAACUAUAAAUAAGGAUCGUUCCGUAGGUAAGUUUGAUCUUAAGAUUCAAGAAUACUUUAAGAAGGAUAAUAAAGAUAGAUAUGUAGAACAUAUCAACAAAUCACAACAAUACGGUCGUUUGAUUACCAAGAAAGGUCCAAUGGGCGAACUAUCUUACUAUCUUUCCUUCUACCCUGUUCAUCCAGUGAUGUCACUUGAAGAAAUUCAAGAUUCUAAGAAAGUACAGGAAAGGAAAAUAGAUUUUGAAAAGCGUAAAGCUGGAAUUGAUGAAAAGAAAUUAAGUACUGAAGCAAGACAAAAGUAUGAGGAAGAAAAAAUGGAGUUGCAAGAACUUGAAUUUCUUUACAGUAACAAAAUUAAGAUGGAUUUGAACGAGUUAUUAACGUAUAAGUCCGGUGUUCUAGCUGUUACAGUACUAGACGGUGAGCUGCCACAAGCUGGUCUCUAUGUACAGGCGUUUUUUGAUUCGAAUGGGUAUCCCCGUUUCACGAGUCCAAAAAUUCCUACAAGGAUCGUUAAGACUGGUUGGACAGGUGAUGUUGUUAUCAAAGAGUUAGAUGUAUCUGAGACUAUUUUCAGAGUGACUAAGCACAAGAAUGCUAGUAGAGUAGAAGAUGCAUUUUGUGAGGUCAAAAUACACACAUUAGAUCUCGUAAAAUCCUGCUACUAUAAGCCAUCGAUAAUUAAUAUGGCAGGUGAGGGCAUCGGAAAAAUUAUGGUGCAAAUUUCUUGGUUCCCACUGAACGUUGAAGAAUUACCACAAUCCGAUUUAAUGUCGAAUGAAGGUGAUUUAACAGUCCUUGCGAAGAGUGCGGAAGGUUUAGAUGCUGCGGAUACAAAUGGGUUCUCUGAUCCGUACUUGAAAUUCUACGUCAACGAGUCUGAAGAUAAGGCAUUCAAAACUCAUAUUGAGAAGAAGACAUUGAAUCCAGUGUGGAAUGAAACUGGUGUGAUUUCUAUUAAGAAUCGUGUGAAUGAUACUUUACAUAUCAAAGUAAUGGAUUGGGAUGCUACAUCCGCAGAUGAUCUGUUGGGUUGGGCCGAGGUGAAAUUAUCUCAAGUGAAGCCUCACGAAACGACGGAGCUUGAUGUUCCUGUCAUCAACGAACAAGGUAAAGAUGCGGGUAUCAUACACCUAGAAUUUAAAUUUGAACCAAAGUAUGUGAUAAAUGUUAACAAGAAAGAAACUAAAGCCGGUGAUCUUGCAUCGAAAGGUAUUGGAUCUGGUUUGAAAGCCGGUGGUACGAUUGUUAAUGCCGGUGGAAAAGUUAUUGACACAGGCUUUGGCACGAUUGGUAAGAUCGGUAAAGGUGUUGGUAAGGGAGUCUUUGGUAGAAAGGGUGGAAAUAAAAAAUCAGCUUAA